AUGGACAAUCGGUUGCGACUUACAAUCACAAUAGAGGGCAUUAGGUAUCUAACAAAUCAAGCAUUGGCUUUUCGAGGCCAUGAUGAAUCUAUUGGCUCAUCUAAUCGAGGCAAUUUUGUUGAAAUCAUAAAGUGUUUUGCAAGAAUGAAUAUGGAAGUUGAGAAAGUUGUCCUAGAUAAGGCUCCUCAAAAUGCUCAUGCUUCUGCUAAGCGCCGUAAUGAGUUAAACUUAAUUCGAAAAACUGAACUCAAGGAGUUGUUGGAUUCUGGAGAACUUGAGACAGGUAAAGGACUUAAUCAAGCUCAUACUUUGAAACGAGCUGGAGCAACUCGUUGGGGAUCUCAUUUUGCCUCUAUUACAAGUUUAAUGAGUCUAUUUAAAGAGACUAAAUUACUUCUUUUGGAAAUCAGUGAUCAUGAACCUAACCAACAGUUUCGUGGCGAUGCAGAGAAUUGCAUGAUGAGGGAGUUAAAUGAUAGAUUUCCUGAGCAAACAGUUGAACUUCUUACUCUUAGCUCAGCAUUAGAUCCGCGUAAUUCUUUCAUGUCAUUCAAUAUUGAGCAUAUAUGUAAACUUGCUCAGAAAUUCUAUCAUGCUGAUUUCCUUCCUCAUGAGUUGAAAGCUUUAGAAGUAGAGCUCAAGUAUUUUCAGAAUGAUAUAAAACGUCUUCCAUGCUUUAAGGAAAUCACUACUCUUCCUCAGUUAUGUCAACAAUUGGUGGAAACAACUUUGGGGGAAAACUACUAUUUUAUUGACAGGUUGGUUCAGUUGGUGUUGACUUUUCCUGUUUCUACAGCAACAACGGAACGAGCUUUCUCAUGUAUGAGAAUUAUUAAGAAUCGACUUCGAAGCACCAUAAGUAAUGAAUUUCUUGGUGAUUGUAUGAUCCUCCACAUUGAAAGAGAGUUUGCCAAUGCUAUUGAUAAUGCAUCCAUAAUUGAGGAAUUUAAGAGUUCUAAGCCUCGUAUGUUUUUGUAUUUGUAG